AUGUUGAACAUGUGGAAAAAGGACGCCGACGGUGCAGUAGUGCCAACAACGAUGAUUGUGAUGGCGUUGAUGCUCUGCUCAUUUAUAUCACCACCCAUGUUAAUGGGUGUUUCUGUUUCGCAGAGAACAAGAAUGAUGGUGCCAGAAACCCAAGAGCAGCACAGACGGAAUCUGCUUGCCAAUGGGCUUGCAGUGACUCCUCCCAUGGGUGGUGCUUUGUUUUACUCCUCCCAGCACUUUUACUCUACUGAUGCUCUGAUUUCCACCGGUCUCUCUAAACUUGGAUAUACCUACAUUAACAUAGAUGAUUGCUGGGCCGAAAUUGAUCGUGAUGACAAGGGUAAUCUAGCGCCCAAGAAAUCAACCUUUCCAUCAGGCAUUAAAUCUCUUGCGGAUUAUGUCCACAGUAAGGGUCUUAAGCUAGGAAUCUACUCAGAUGCAGGGUACUUUACUUGCAGCAAAACAAUGCCUGGUUCACUUGGCCAUGAAGAACAAGAUGCCAACACAUUUGCUGCUUGGGGAAUUGAUUAUUUGAAGUAUGAUAACUGUAACAAUGAUGGCUCAAAGCCAACUGUUAGAUAUCCUGUAAUGACCCGAGCUCUGAUGAAAGCAGGCCGUCCCAUAUUCUUUUCUCUUUGUGAAUGGGGAGAAAUGCACCCUGCUCUAUGGGGUGCUAAAGUAGGAAAUAGUUGGAGAACUACUGAUGACAUUUCUGAUACAUGGGAAAGUAUGGUCUCUAGAGCAGACAUGAACGAAGUUUAUGCUGAAUAUGCCAGACCUGGUGGUUGGAAUGAUCCCGACAUGCUUGAAGUGGGGAACGGAGGAAUGACAAAAGAUGAAUAUGUAGUCCAUUUUAGCAUAUGGGCCAUUUCUAAGGCUCCCCUUCUUCUUGGUUGUGAUGUGAGAAAUAUCACAAAAGAGACAAUGGAGAUCGUUGCAAAUAAAGAAGUUAUCUCUGUAAACCAAGAUCCACUUGGUGUGCAAGCCAAAAAGGUCAGAAUGGAAGGAGAUCUUGAGUUUUGGGCCGGUCCGCUCUCAGGCUACAGAGUAGCUUUACUCCUUGUCAACCGAGGUGCUUUGCGAAAUUCCAUUACAGCUCACUGGGAUGAUGUUGGAAUCCCCACAAACAGUGUUGUUGAAGCCAGAGACCUUUGGAAGCACAAGACAUUGAAGGCACGAUUUGUUGGAAACUUGACAGCCACCGUGGGCUCUCAUGCAUGCAAAAUGUAUGUUUUGAAGCCAGUCUCGUAA